AUGAUACAUGUGUUAGCACAGAUCUACAUUGCGGCUCAUGUUGCACUGUCCUGCUUCAGUUGCACUCUGAGGGAGACAAUCCGGAAGUACCUGCGCUGGUUUCAUUCAGCGGAACGCCCCUCCCGCCUCAUUCCAAUUCUGAUUGGCUUACGUGUGCACGGCGGCUUCACAAGCCUCUGGCUGCUAUUGGCUCAGACCUCUGUCAAUCACUACAAACGAAACAUAACAUUCACCGGAAAGACCAACAACAUUACAAAAAGGUGUAACAGCGGGCGGGGAAUUAGCUCAAAUGCCUUCCGUGGUCAAGGCACAGGUUCAUUCUUCAUCUCAGUCCUCAAGAGGACAAAGCUUACCUCCCGGAGAGAGGCUGGCGGUGGUAUCGGGUUCGCUCUGUCGGGCGGUCAGCUGGAGGUCCAGCGUGAGGCAGCGGCUGGGAGCCGGACCCGGGACUCUCAAUUGAUUUUGUGUGACCUGGCGGGUUCAGAGCGCUGCAAAGAACAGAAGUGUGGUGACAGGAUGAAGGAGGCAACUAAUAUCAACACUUCUUUGCACACACUAGGCAGGUGCAUCCGUGCCCUGCGCCAGAACCAGCAUAACAAGUCAAAGCCUAAUAUGGUGCCUUUCCGGGAUAGUAAAUUGACUCGUGUGUUCCAGGGGUUUUUUUCUAACCACGGGAUGUCUUGUAUGAUUGUGAACAUUAACCAGUGUGCAUCCAUGUAUGAUGAAACAUUGCAGGUCAUGAAAUUCUCUGCUAUCGCCAGCCAGCUGAUACAAGCACCUUCGUCCAAGCUGUUUCCUUCCUUCCGUGCACUACUGCGUGAACAUGAUGGCUGGAAUAACUGCAAUGCUCAAGCACCUCUUGAAGAACAGGAGGAAUUAGAUGAUGAUGAGGAUGAUGGUGAAGAUGAGAUGGAUAUCAGUGCACUGGAUAAGGAGUCAUUGCAGAAAAUUAUUGAGAGCCUGCAGCAACACCUGAUUAAGGAGAAGCAGGACAAGCUAAUAAUGGAAAGUGAGAUCAGACAAAGUGUUGUCAGUGAGAUGAUGGAGCAAUACAACACUAUGGAAAGACACUGGAGAGAGCAGUUUGAGGAACAAAAGGAUCGUUUAGAAGAUGCCUUUGAGGCAAAGAUGAAAAACUACCAAGAAUAUGUUAAAAUCUAUUAUCAGCUGUCCUCUGAAGAGGAGGAUUGUGAUGAUUCUGGUGAUGAAAUCAGUGAGGGUAAAGUAAUGUCACGGAAAAUCAGAGAACUAGAAGCGACUAUACACCAGUUGAAGGCAGAGAGAAAGUCUUCUAGCCAGUCGACAAGGCAGUCUGCUCGCUUGGCCAAUACAAAACUCAGUGAUGAGCUGCACAAUCUGAAAUUGGAACUGGCAAAUGUAAAAACUGAGCUGGAACAAAGUAAAGCAGAGGCAGCAUUCAGUGCAGAAGAAUUGAAGCGAUACAAGGAAAUGAUAGAGCUUCCAGCUGGAAUGAAACAUCUCACAGUUGAUGCAGACCGGAAGAUAGAAGCAGGACAGAGAAAUGCGAAGGCGCUGCAGAAUGAGCUGCAGAAAAUAGGCGAGGCUUUGCAGGUAUCAGAAAGAGCAUGUUGUCAUAACACUGCAGCUGAAAACCUGCGGCGUACUCUAGCUAAAUGUGAAGACCUAAUAGUAAAACAGGAUCAAACUCUGGCAGAUCUGCAGAAGCUGCUUAUUAUGGUAAAGUUGGAUCUGAAGAAAAAAAACACAUGCAUCGCAGAACAGUACCACACAGUCCGCCAGCUUCAGGCAGGUCCAGGCUGCAAUAAACGACGCUGUGCUGGCAAUAUUGAAAAUCAACCACCUCCGUGGAAAAAGCCAUUUCUAACUAGUCUCUUGACCCCAUCGAGGCUUGCCCAACAUCAGGGAACUAACACUCCCUCCAAUUAUAUUUUGCGAUCUCGGGCCAGAAUGGAUAAGGUAUUGCACCUCUCGAGUGCAAAAUAUCAAUGAGCUAUUAAGGAAGUUUUUGGGGUCUUGUAGAUAACACUUUUUAAAAGUUUUUGGAAAUUAGGUCCAUUUUU